AUGGCCCCCCGACGGAGUGAGAAUUACUGCUUCGAGAAUUCCCGCGCGCGCGCCCGGUUAUUGGACGUCCCGGCUCGACACGAGUCCGCCUGUAGUAGGAGAAGUCGCACCUACAGAGUCUACCUGGGAAAACACAAUCUGAAGAACAACAACGAGGAUGGUUCCAUCGCCAUCAGCCCCUCCAAGAUCGUCGUCCACGAGAACUGGGACUCCUACAGAAUCCGUAAUGACAUCGCCCUGAUCAAGCUGGCAACCCCUGUCACUUUCUCUAAUGCCAUCAUGGCUGCCUGUCUCCCCAACUCUGGUGACAUCCUGCCUAACGCUUCUCCUUGCUACGUCACUGGCUGGGGUCGUCUCUGGACUGGAGGUCCCAUCGCUGACAUCCUGCAGCAGGCCCUCCUCCCUGUGAUCAGCCACUCCAACUGCUCCAAGCCUGACUGGUGGGGCAGCCUGGUCACCAACGACAUGGUCUGUGCAGGAGGAGACGGACAGCUGGCUAGCUGCAACGGAGACUCCGGCGGUCCUCUGAACUGUCAGAGCUCUGAUGGCUCCUGGGACGUCCACGGUGUGGUGAGCUUCGGCUCCAGCAUGGGCUGCAACUACGCCAAGAAGCCCUCCGUCUUCACCAGGGUCAGUGCCUACAUCCCCUGGAUCAACAACGUGAUGACCAAGAACUAAGAUGUGGUUGAUUUGAGUCAUUGUUGGUUGUCGCACUUUAUCAAAUAAAGAAUGUAGUGGUUAAUACA